AUGGCUAUGCAGGUUGCAAUGAUGGCCUCUAGCCCACCAAAGUUUUACUUCCCAUCUAGGAAAAGUGAUGGUUGGAGCCACCACUGGGUGUCAAAACGGAGCUACCAUUUCAUCAUCCCCGCGGACGCAGACUGGGACCAGCAUUUCGGCACAGACGCGCUGCUUGGACGCAGCGACCACCUCCUCCAUGGCCUCAUCCACUGCAAUGGCUUUGGCCACCUCGUCGCCCUCCGCGGCCGCGACGGUGGCUCGGCUUUCCUCUCAGGUCAUGACAUAAUGGAUAUCUGGGAUCGCCUCUGCUCUGCUCUCCGUGUCAGGGCCGUGUCUCUGGUGGAUUUUUCUCGGAAGCACUCUAUGGACCUCCGCCUCCUGCUUGGUGUGGCGAAUGGUGAGACAUGGUUCACCCGCUGGGGAUACUGCCUUGGCAGGAGAUGCUUCAACAUGUCUACCUCCGCCUAUGCCACUGCUUUGGAAUCUCUGGCUUCACUGCAUGUUGACCAUCUUCGCAGCCGACAUGUCCGUCGUGUGGUCACCAUCUACCGGCGCCUAUCCAGCAAGCCUCUCAUCACUGUCCGCGAGUUCCUCCGCUGCCUCCUUGACUGGAAACACCAUGAAGCGCCCCUUUCACCACCUCCUAAGCGUAUGCUCAAUGCAGCAGAGGUUGUUGUUGAAAAGCUGCUUGAGCAUGGAAAUGAUGCAGAGAUGACAAGGCAGGCAGUGCGAGAUGCUGCCAGGGUUGAGAUCGGUGAUACUGGUCUCCUCGACUUUGUCAUCAAGUCCCUUGGUGACACCGUUGUUGGCAACCAUAUCGUGCGCCGUCUUCCCAGCACUGUGACGCGUGUGCUCACGUUCAGCCUUGAGGAAUGGGGAGAGCCAGUGCAGAUGGAUGUUGAGGUACAGAACACCCGUCCUGCAGCACCGUGGCCGAGCACAGUGGAUGUCGAGCGGGAUCUGCGUGCCGUCUACCGGGCAAUGGUGGAGGCGCUAAGUGGGGCAGCACAGGCCGUGCUGGACUGCAAGCACUGGGUGAAGUGCUGGGGCCUUGGGGAUGAGUCUGACGAUCAGCUAAGGUUCCUCGUUGAGUGGCGACCGCAACCUUGGGAAGCUGCUGAGCUCACACGGCCACUGCCGUCAGGGGAGAUUGUCGUGGUGCCAGUCCAUACAUCGAUAGGCGAGCUUAUCAUCGAGGCAGAGCGUGCGCUGAGGGACACGUACUGCUUCUUUGAGGAGUUCCAGGCUGAGACGCUCGACGGCAUUACUGGGGAGAAGUGGGAUCCAGUGGUGCUUGGUGGAGCAGAGUCCGGGGACACGAUCGGCGUGCAUGGCCACGGAGCGGACAUGGAGACCGGGCUGCGGUGCGAGGGCGGGCUCGACAUGUGGGAAGUGAGGUGUGUGUGCGGUGCGCGGGAUGAUGACGGCGAGCGCAUGGUGGCGUGCGACGCUUGCGAUGUAUGGCACCACACGCGGUGUGUCGGCCUUGUGGACAGCGACGCGGUGCCGCCAUUGUUCCUGUGCAUACUCUGCGGCGGCGCGCUCCUAGCAGCCGGCCCGAUGCUGGAGGAGGCACUAACGCUAGCCAAGUGA